AUGACACAGCUGGAAAACGCUACGUUCGGAGACAAGUCAACGUUGGAACAAUACAAUGAUCUCAGAUUCAUUUACCUUAAUGUUACAUCUAAGCGAAAAAUUGAGCUGCUUACGGAAGAUGCGGAUGGUGAAGACAGUGAUACGAAAAAGAUCUCCAGUGAAACGCGAGAGGCGCAAACGAAGAAGAAAGAAGAAGAAAAUGUGGAGAAAGUGAUUAAUGCCGAGAACCAGUAUUGCAGUCUGAAAGCUACCCUGAUGAGCAUACUAACGAGCCAAACAUCUACGUCAUCGAGCAUGCAACAGCCAGUACUUCAUGGACCAGUUGGCGGUCUAUCUCGUGUGAAGCUUCCGGAAAUUCGCCUUCCAUCUUUCUGUGGCCAACUAAGAGAAUGGGUCAGUUUUCGUGACACGUUUAGGAGUUUGAUUCACAAUAACCAGCAACUGACGGAAAUGGACAAAUUUACCUACCUGCGGUCAUCGCUCAGUGGUGAGGCUCUCCAGGAGAUAAAUUCCGUACAAAUGUCCGACGUUAACUACGUAAUUGCUUGGGAGAUGUUGGAAAAGCGAUAUGAAAACAAAAAAUUAAUAGUAAAGGCUCAUCUCGAUUCGCUGUUUUCUAUCGAACCAAUACGUCGGGAAGGAUAUGAGCCGCUGAGUCGUCUAAUUGGUGACUUCGACAAACAUCUUCUCAUGCUAGAUAAGGUAGGUGAAGCUACGGACAAUUGGAGCACAAUUCUUGUCCAUAUGGUGUGCUCCCGUUUGGAUUCCACUACUCUCCGAAAUUGGGAAACACACCACAACUCGAAGGAAGUUCCAAACUACAAGGCUCUUAUGAAUUUCCUGAGAGAACAAUGUUCCGUACUGCAAUCCGUAGCACCAACCAAAUCAAUUGCUGUCCCUGAGAAAAAACCAAAGUUUUCCAUUAGCCACGCAGCUGUUCAACAGUCUUCAAGUCAACCAUCGUCGAUGAAGUGUCCAUUCUGCGGAGAAGGUUAUCAUUCCGCCUUUCGCUGUAUUAAGUUCCUGAAGCUGGCGGUUGUCGAGCGCAAUGAAGCAGUACGACGAUCACGCCUUUGCCUGAACUGCUUGGCGCCAGGGCAUCAGGCAAGAGUUUGCAGUAGAGGCUCCUGCCAUCAUUGUAAGCAGAAGCAUCACUCCUUAUUGCACCCGGAACCGCAGCACACAAGUGAAUCUCGUAACAGAUCCUCCGUUCAACAAGGGCAUUCGAGACCUACAGCAAUCCACCAACAGCAACCACAAACAUAUCCAAAUCAAAACCAACCAGCACAAGCUCAAACUACACAACAACCCACACACUCGUUUUCCGUACACUCGCAAUCCAAUGCACCACCACCCCUCACAAAUCAAUCAUGCACCAACCAGAACACUGUUGCGCUUCCGACAACUACACAACUCUCCACGCAAGACAUUCUUCUGUCAACUGCUCUUGUGUGUGUACAAGAUUGUCACGGUAACACACGACUAGCUCGAGCACUGCUAGAUUCGUGCUCUCAAUUUUGUUUCAUGACAACACGCUUCUCAAAGAAACUUCAUCUCCAAGGUUCCUCCGAACAUCUAUCAGUGCAAGGAAUCGGUGGAUCAGUAGUCAUUGCACGGAAGUCAGUCAAAGCGUCAAUUUUCCCACGUAUUCCGGAUAUAUCAUCGUUCCAUGAAGAGAUGAAUUUCUACGUGCUGUCAGAACUAACGGCUACUCUGCCCUCACGGAGGGUAAACACAGUCAAUUGGAAGCUCCCUAAAAACAUUACUUUUGCCGAUCCACAAUUUCAUGAGCCAGGCUGCAUUGAUCUAAUAAUUGGUGCAGAGCAUUAUCUGGAUCUGCUAACAGACGGUCGGCAGAAAAUUGCAGAUGAAGGGCCUUCACUGCAAAAUACAGUAUUCGGGUGGAUAGUGUCUGGUCGCAUAGUCGAUCAUGCAGCGACAGUAACACAAGCUGCAGCAUAUUCCUGCACUCAUGCGAGCCUGCACGAGCAGUUGGCAAAGUUCUGGGAAUUAGAAAACUGUCAUACUAGUAGCACUCAGUCCGUUGAGGAGACAGCCUGUGAAGCAUUCUUUGAUCAAACCACCGUUCGUGAUGAGCAAGGCAGAUUUGUUGUCACAUUGCCGAAAAGAGACUACCUCAUAAGGCAGCUUGGAGAAUCAGAAGGAACAGCAAUUAGGAGAUUCUUGGGCUUGGAGAGAAGGUUUCAACAGAAUUCGGAGCUGAAGGUUUCGUAUGCGGAUUUCAUCAGGGAGUAUGUGCAGCUGGGCCACAUGGUGCAAGUUCCAGUGUCAACGUCGGAGGACAAUACAACCCUACCAGUAUGCUAUCUUCCUCAUCACGCUGUCUUCAAAUUAGAUAGCACCACAACCAAGCUACGCGUUGUGUUUGAUGCUUCGUGUAAAACCAGCAGCGGAGUAUCACUAAACGAUGCGUUAAUAGUAGGCCCUGUCAUACAGGAUGAUCUUAUCUCCAUCACGCUUCGAUUUCGUCUGUUGAGUGUGGCCAUAGUAGCGGACGUGGAAAAAAUGUAUCGGAUGAUUCAACGCAUUGUAUAUCGCGAUUCUCCUGAUGAACCAAUUAAAACGUACGAGUUGACAACUGUCACGUACGGGACAGCGUCAGCUCCUUAUCUGGCGACAAAGUGUCUCCAGAGCCUAGCAGAUGAAGGGGUUUCUUCGUAUCCACGCGCAUCCAAGGUAUUGAAGGAAGACUUUUAUGUUGACGUCGAAGAAGCGAAAAAUCUGGCGUCGGAAAUUGUUCCGCUAACAGCAUCGGGAGGUUUCAAUUUGCACAAAUGGAACUCCAACUCGACGCAAUUGUUGGCUCAACUGCCGGUAGAACUAUUGGAUAGUCGGGCGACGUUAGAACUAGAUUCAUCAUCUUCUCCAGUUAAGACGUUGGGACUCCAGUGGGAACCACAGUCAGACAGAUUUCGAUACGAUUCUCCACACUGGAGCAAUGACACCGUUCCUACUAAACGCAUUGUACUUGCCGAAGCCUCUCGUCUUUUUGAUCCAUUAGGAAUAAUUGGACCCGUAGUGGUCUUAGCUAAGGUUUUCCUACAAGAACUGUGGAAGCAGAACUGCGGAUGGGACGAUCCGUUACCAGACAGGAUGCAGUUGUUUUGGCAGGAAUAUAGACUGAAUUUGAUUGCUCUAUCGUCGCUUUCUGUUCCACGGUGGAUUGGAUACCGGACCGAAUCAGCGAUGCUGGAAAUACACGGGUUUUGCGACGCAUCUGACAAGGCCUAUGGAGCUUGCAUCUAUACACGUUGCACCCUAUUGGAUGGCUCGGUAGUGGUACGCCUACUCAUAGCAAAGUCACGAGUUGCACCUCUAGAAGAUCUCAAGCGGAACAAGAAAAGGUUAUCUACUCCUCGUCUCGAGCUGUCAUCAGCCUUGCUACUGUGUCAUCUGUAUGAAAAAGUGAAGUCCAGCAUCCGUAUCUCCUACAAUGCUUGGUUUUGGACGGAUUCAACCAUCGUUGUACAUUGGCUGUCUUCGUUACCAUCAAGAUGGCAGAUAUUUGUUGCGAAUCGUGUAUCCGAAAUUCAGCACAUUACAAAAGGCUUUUCUUGGAAUCACGUUGCGGGUGUAGAAAACCCAGCGGAUGUUAUUUCACGUGGGAUGACACCUGCUCAAUUACAGUACAACACGCUUUGGUUCGAAGGCCCGCCAUGGCUGCGUCGAGACCGCAGCACGUGGCCGGCGGCAGGUCCCGAAGAAGAUUUCGAUCCUUCUCUACUCGAAGAGCGAAGCACAGUUGCAGUUCCAAUUCAGCUCAAGCCACCCAACGAGAUUUUCGGUCUUCAUUCCUCAUUGUUCGUGUUAGUAAGGAGAGUCGCUUGGAUUCGUCGCUUCAUCAAUAACUGUCGAUGUCCAGAAUGGAGGCGAAGUGGCGGUAUUAGCCACAAAGAGCACAACGAAGCAUUGUUGUUGCUUGUGCGCAUGGCCCAGAAUGAAUCCUUUCCCGAAGAGGUUUCUGCACUACAGCGUGGAAAGCAAGUGAAACAGUCAUCUCCAUAA